AUGCUGAAAGCCAUGAGCACACUCUUGUUGGAGUUGCUGCUGUGGUUGCUGCUCGAUCUGAUGUUGCUGUUGGUAUUCUUUUUCACGUUGCUUGUGUUGUUCGCGAUGUUUUUCAUCCUCAGUCUGACAGCCGGACAGCUUUCCACUCCGAAUCUGGUCUUGAUGUUGAUGCCCUUUCCCGCUCGCACCGUCCCUAGCCCGUACUGGAGAAGUUGUCAGCGGCGAGGUCGCGCUCUGCCUUGGCGAGCUGGGGUAGCUAUCGUCGCGGACCCCGAAGCCGACGCGUCCUCCUCCAUACCCACCCCAGCUCCGGCCGCUUACCCGGGGGGACCCGGCGCUUACCCUGCCGUACCCCCUGCCGUACCGUACGGCGCACCAAUUCCACCGGGUAUGACACCGCAGGGACAGCCGUACACACCGCAGCAAGAGCCGCCCUACCGACCUCCUGCAGUUGGUAUUCCCGUACUCGGCAGCGGCGCCUCCUACCUGUACCAGCACCCCGUUUGGGGCUCAGAUGACGACACGCGGGAUGGGCGGUUCGCGUGCUGCGGCUGGAGCAUGUUCGUGCUGGGUUUCAUCGCGCCCUUCUUCUGGCUCAUCUCCGUGCUGCUGCCGUGCUGCCUGCCCGGCUCCCAGGUCCAGCGAGCUGCUACUGCCAGUCUCAUUGCGGCCAUUUUGUAUGCCGUACUGGCCAUUACACUGGCACCCGCACUCACCGUCAGGAACGCAUGA